CCUGUCCCGGCCUCAGCGGCGCCCUCGCCUGUCCCGGCCUCAGCGGCGCCCUCGCCUGUCCCGGCUCUCCCUGACCCUCCGCCGGCUCUCCCUGACCCUCCGCCGGCUUCCCCGUCUCCGGCUCCUUCGCCGGCUCUCCCACAGGGUUCUGACCCUCCGCCGGCUCCCCCGGCUCCUGCUCCUCCACCGGCUCCUAUUCCCCCGCCGGCUCCCCCGUCUCCUGCUCCUCCGCCGGCUCCUGCUCCCCCGCCGGCCGUCAACCCUCCGCCGGCUCCCCCGGCUCCUGCUCCUCCGCCGGCUGCCGACCUGCUGCCGGCUCCUAUUCCUCCGCUGGCUCCCCUGUCUCCUAUUCCUCCGCCGGCUCCCCCGGCUCCUACUCCUCCGCCGGCUCUUCCGCCGGCUCCGGACCCUCCGCCGGCUCCCCCGGCUCCUGCUCCUCCGCCGGCUGCCGACCUGCCGCCGGCUCCUAUUCCUCCGCCGGCUCCCCCGUCUCCUAUUCCUCGGCCGGCUCCUAUUCCUCCGCCGGCUCCCCCGGCUCCUACUCCUCCGCCAGCUCUCCCGCCGGCUCCGGACCCUCCGCCGGCUCCCCCGGCUCCUGCUCCUCCACCGGCUCCUAUUCCCCCGCCGGCUCCCCCGUCUCCUACUCCUCCGCCGGCUCUCCCGCCGGCUCCGGACCCUCCGCCGGCUCCCCCGGCUCCUGCUCCUCCACCGGCUCCUAUUCCCCCGCCGGCUCCCCCGUCUCCUGCUCCUCCGCCGGCUCCUGACCCUCCGCCGGCUCCCCCGUCUCCUAUUCCUCCGCCGGCUCCCCCGGCUCCUACUCCUCCGCCGGCU